AUGCUUUGUACUAGUGAAAUUCGCACUAUUUUUCUAUAUGAAUUCAAAAAAGGAACUAGUGCUUCAAAAACAGCACGAAAUAUAAAUGAAGCAUUUGGAAAGAAAUUAAAUAUAAAAUUGAAGAUGUACGUAAGAUGUCCAAAAUGUUUUUAUUUCUGUGAUUCAGAAAAUUCAGUAAAAGUUCAUGUUGAAAAUUUUGAAUUACAUUUUUUUCAACAUCAUCACUCAAAAUGUAGACGGUUAAAAAAAAAUUUAUGUAUUGAGGAUUCAUGCAUUGAAUACAGAGAUCAGUGGUUAGCGUUUUAUGAAAAUAUUUGA